AUGCCAGCUAACGACAUGAAGGAAGGCAAAGCAAAACCACAGACAUCCAACACGGUUGGAAGCGUGCAGGGUGACGGUAACGCGGCUAUUCAUGUCGGAGAUAAAAUCUAUCGAUUUCCACCGCCAAAGCGUCGCAAGCAGGCACCCUCUUCCGUCGAAGCCAGACUGAGGAGGAAAACCGUCAAUGUUCCGUACAGUCCAGACAGCAAAUUUCGUGGAAGGAACAAAGAACUCAGACAGAUGAAUGAGUUCUUGAUGAAACCUGAAACAUCUGGUGUGCGCGAUCUACGGGUUGUUGCCAUCCAAGGACUAGGGGGCAUGGGCAAGACCUCACUGGCACUUCAGUAUAUACAUAGCAACCGAAAUUACUACGAGGCCAUUUUCUGGCUCAGAGCGCAGGACUUCACAAUCUUACAGCAAGACUUUGCGAAGAUUGCCCAGGCAUUACAAACAACUACUCCAGCCGGCGCGGACAUGAGCAGCACGGUCCAGCUUGGCAAUGAUUGGUUACGAAACACAGGCAACGUCGAAGAGAUUUUGGCGGAUUCUUGGCCCCAUUGGGGCAAGGGCCAUGUCAUAGUCACCACACGAGAUCGAGAUAUUGCAGACCAGUUUGCUACGUGUAGAGAGAGCAAGCUCGUGCUCGCUGGGCUCGAUGUUGAGGAAGGCUCCGACCUUCUUCUUGAUUAUGCUGGACCAGAUCUAUCGGCACGCGACUUGUCGCGAAACAUCGUCAACGAGCUUGGUGGAAUGCCACUAGCCUUGUGUCAAAUGGGCACAUACAUACGACAGACUGAUACGACACUGGAUGAAUUCUAUCUGAUGCUUCGGGAGCAAAAGCACUCAAUUCGUCUGUAUUCCGACGAAGCAAAGCUCUCGGAACUGGAACGGCAUCUCCUUGCUGUGAUCGCUUUUUUCCAAACCGACGAGGUACAAGAGUCAUUUGUGACCAAAGGCUGUUUGAAUGUGCCUCGUCUUGAAGGUAGCACCGACAAGUACCAUUGGGGCAGAACCAUUCGCACGCUGAAUAAGCAUGCUCUUCUCGUUCAUCGGUCACCGGGGAAGUCCAAGGGCUAUCUGUGGAUGCAUCGUGUCAUCAAGCAUCAUGUCCAUCAUUUGCUCGAUUCAGGCGAUUUAUCAAAGUGCACCGACGCCUUUGAGGACGCAGUCAGCAUCGCAAUGCAAAUGUUCCCCUCGCGGCCCCUGGACGGUGGCACUAUGUCCAAACGCUGGACAGAGUGCGAACUUUGGUUCCCCCACGUUCUCAGCCUCAAAGAAGCGUUCAAAUCGCUCGAACACCGUAUCAUCAGGCCACCGCGUGCACUGGCGGAUCUGCUAUGCAACUGUGCGUACUACAUGUGGGAACGGAGCAUCAAGCACGCGGCUUCUUUCGCCGCAGAUGCUCUUGAAAUCUGCAGACUUGUCCUUCCAGACGAUGAUCCCGACCCCCUUCCGGCGGACAUGAUGACGAUACUAGGGUCUUUACAGCUCGUGAAUUUUUUGACUCGGAAAAAUUCCAUUUCUUACUUCCAGCAAGCUCUCCAAGUGCGAACAAGGCACAUGGAUGCAACGCGCCAUCCCACACUGGUUGAUAAGCUGCAGUUGGCCAAUGCCUACAACAACACUGGAGCCGGAUAUCUGGCCAUGGAACAAUACGACGAGGCACUCAAAUACCUUAACCGGGCAUUAAGAAUCAAGCUCGAGUUAGGAAACGAAGAAACGAUGCCGUACGACAUCAGUCUUAGUCUCUACAACAUAUGCCGUGUACAAAUGGGUAAGGGGCAAUUACGCCAGGCAAAGGCCAAUGCACAGAAGGCUCAUAGCCUGGUGGAAGGUAAAAAUGGACCAGAUGACCUUCGAUCCAACCAGUUCAGGUUCACGUAUGCUGAUCUAGUCGUUGCCUGUGGGGACAUUGACGGAGGGCUUCGCAUUCACAAGCGAACCCUUGAUAUCCGAAAGCGGGUUAUGGGGCCUUACAACAAUGAUACUGGCGUCAGUUAUUACGGAAUGAGCUGCGUCUAUCAGGGAAUGAGACGUUGGGACAAGGCACUGGAGAUGAUAGAUCUAGCGAUCAAAACCUUCGAUGACGAGGUUCCCAACGCCGAAGACCGAGCCGCCCGGGCGUAUUUCAGGAAACACCUGAUACUGUAUGAAUUGGGCAAAGAAUUGGAAUCCGCAGCGGCUCUUGAGUUAGCACGUAUACGACGUGCGGAGUUACUCGGGCAGCCAAACCAUGGUUAUGAGUCGAUCAGUGAUUAUGACUCACUUGUAUCAUACAAUAAUCGAUAG